UCAUUCACAGUUUCAUGCCCCCCGAGACAGCACAAAAACUCUACCUCCUUGCCCCCACCCCCAGCUACAUGAUAGAUCGGUAAAACCGUAAAAAAAAGAAAAGAAAAGAAAAAUUUAACACCCGAAGAAAUGGAGCUAGAUAGACCCCAUCAUAGAACAACUCCAGGCACAGCUAGCACAAGCAGUGAGCUCUUCGUCUGCUUCACAUCUCGCCUUUCUGCUUCAUCUUCAAUGAAAAUAGCCAAAUCUAUUCUAAGCCCAGGUCGGGCUCGUGACCCUCCAAUUUCUCUGCCUACAUCUCUCAGCAGGAGACUCAGGACUAAUGGAAGCAUCAAGGGCGGCCAAGCUUCUCCAAUGUUCCCCACGGGAGGGAAAAAAAGAGGCUGCGCAUUCGAAAACCCGGAACCUUCUUCCCCAAAGGUCACUUGCAUUGGGCAGGUGCGAGUUAAGACCAAGAAGAAAGUAAAGCAAACGAGAAGUUUGUCAAGGAGGCGAAGUACUGGGGAGGCGAGUUUUAGGAAAGUAGAGCAAUUGUCGAACGAUGACUUGAAAAUUAGUGGUGAAGAAUUAGGUGCUUCUAAUAGGACUCAGCAACAACAGAGGUAUGCACCACCGGCGAACUCGAGCUCCCAUUUUCAGCAGCAAGAAUGUCUACCACAGAGGAAUCAGAGGUGGGUGCAUUUGCCUGUGACGAUUUGUGAGGGCUUAAGGGCAUUUGGAGCUGAAUUUAGCUGCUUGUUUCCUUGCCGGUCAUCUUGUUUUUCGACAAAUGACAGGGAGAGAGAAGAGAAGGCUGGUAAUAUUGGGCAGGAAGGGCACGGGGAAGAGGGGAAUAAUGGUAAUGAUAAUAGUGGGCAGAGUUCAUGUGGGGCUGUAUUUGCCAGAUGGUUUGUUGCAUUGCAGGAUUGCGAGGGUGGGAAGAGUAGGGAAAUAGAGUUGGUUGUAGGUGGUGGAGAUGAGGAGGUCAGAACAGAGGCGAGGGAGAGGGCGUCAAUGAGGAGUUCAAGAAGGCAUGUUUUCGAGGAUAUGGAGUUUAAGGAAGAAAUGAUUGCAGUGAAGGGCGAGGAAGAAGAAGAGAAAGCUAGAGUGAGCAUUUGUGUCCCUCCCAAGAACGCUCUUUUGUUGAUGAGGUGUAGAUCUGAUCCCAUGAAGGUGGCUACUCUUGCUAAUAGAUUCUGGGAGUCCCCUGCUCCAAAAGAUGAUGAAAAUGAAGCAGAGGAGGAGAAUGGUGAAGGAAAUGGCGAAUUGGUGGAAGUACCUGCACAGGAUCUUGAAAUUGUAAACGAGGACGCCAAAAUAGAGGUGGAAGUAAGGGAUGAAGUGGUGGAACAGUUGGUUUCAGCUGAGAGCAAUGAAGAGGCAGAGGAGGAGCUGGAAAAAGAAGCAAUCUUGGCAAAUGAAAUGCAAGAAUUUGUUCAAGAAGAAGUUGAAGUUGAGAAGCCAAGCAAGCAUAGCAGCAAGGGAUUGGAAGUGAGCGAAGGGAAAAUGCAGGCAUUGAUGGUAAGUGAAGAGGCUGAUGAAGAAGAAGAAGUAGAAACAGGUUUACAUUCAUUUGAAGAUGAUUUAUUGGAUGAGGAAAUGGCAGAAAACAUGGAGAAAAAUCUGAUUCAAGGACAGGUUGUGGAAGAGGAGAAAGACGAACAGAGCAUGCCAAUUUCUUGUGAUUCAUUGUCCUCUGAAGAAAGCUCAGAUAGACAGGAGGAGGGUUCUGAAAGCGAAGCACUGAAGAAAGAAGCAACGGUAGAAUUCCUUCCUGUAGAAGAAGCUGCUCCGGAAGAAGAAAAUGAAGCAAAAACAGACGAGUCAAACAUCGAAGACGAGGCAGAAAUCCCACAUGAAACAUCUACAUCUUUGGAGGAGGAGGAAACAGAAAAUGAUGAAACAAAACAGAUGACCACUACCUUUUUGUUAUCUGAACCUGAUGAUGCAGAAAACGCCUCUGAAAGUGAAAAGGUCGAGCAAAUUGAAGCAGCAGAUGGGCAAGAAAGCCAAGAACCGCCUCAAGAGGAGAAUGACGAAGAUGUGGAAGUUGAUAAAAAUGAUGAAGCCAAAGGCACCACCAUAGAGAAAGAGACUAUCCAGGAGGAUAAAGAAAAGGAAAACUCAUCAUCAUCGUCAAAUGCGCUGCCGGAAUGUUUGCUAUUGAUGAUGUGUGAGCCGAAGCUGUCAAUGGAAGUUUCCAAGGAGACAUGGGUCUGCAGUACGGACUUCGUCCGAUGGUUACCGGAGAGGCGGCCGGCAGCAGCUGUCACCAACAAGAAAUUAGUCAACGCUCCACAGGACCCCAAGAAGGAAGUCAGCUGCACGGACUCCAAUCAUCCUCCCCCUCCUCCAAUGGGACCACAACCACACCCACCGCCGCAGGAGCUUAUGUCCCAACAGCAGCCGGAGAUUUUUCUGCCGCCGAGGUCUUCCUGCUCUCUGCCGGCGGCAGCAGCUGUGUCCAUGGCGGCCAUGAUUGAACAGAAGCUGGUGAACGCCGGGGGUUACGAGCCGUUUGUGUUGACCAGGUGUAAGUCCGAGCCCAUGAGGACGGCGGCGGCUAAGCUUAUGCCGGAGGCUUGUUUCUGGAAGAAUAGGAAGCUUGAGCCGCAUCGUAGUGCCACGUUCGGGGUCGGCGCGGCUGGGGUUGGGUUCUGAGCCGAGCCAAGCUGAGGUGGCAAAGGAUAGCGAAUCUGUAGUGUGUGGGUUAGCGUGGUACUGGAAAUUGUAUUAGUGUGUUUUUCUUUCUUUUAGUUUCAUUUUUUGCCCUUUUCUAUGAUAGUCGAAAACUCUAGUCAGUGUUGCUUUGCACAGGUAUCUUGGUAGUGUACUUUAUUUAGCAUGUUUGUACAUGAGAUGUUCCCCUUUUAGCAAUUUUGUUUUUUUUUCGUUUGUAAUGAAUUUUUGAGUAGUAAAGUAGUAAUUACUAGUA